UUUACUUGUCUUCUUCUUUCUCUCCGGCUAAAAUAACCGCCGAUAAAAACAAUGCUCCGGCUAAGCAACGCCGCUGUAAUAACAACCAAUGCAAUCCUCGCAUUGAUCGGCCUUGCAACUCUAUCUUUCUCCAUCUACAUCUUCGUUCACGGUCCAACACAGUGUCAACGCUACGUUCAAAACCCACUCAUCGUAACAGCGGUUCUCCUGUUCUUCAUCUCUUCCUUAGGCCUUAUCGCUGCUCUCUACGGAAGCCACAUCAUCAUCACUCUCUACCUUUUUUUCCUCUUCCUCUCCAUCCUUCUCCUCCUUGUCCUCUCUGUCUUCAUCUUCCUUGUCACGAACCCUACGGCCGGAAAAGCGUUUUCCGGGAAAGGAAUAGGUAAUGCCAAGACAGGAGAUCUCCAGAACUGGAUCGGGAACCAUUUCCUUCAAGGGAAGAACUGGGAAGGGAUCACCAAAUGCUUGUCUGAUUCUAGGGUUUGUAAGAGGUUUGGUCCACGUGACGUUGACUUUGACUCCAAACAUCUCUCGCAUGUACAGUUUGGUUGUUGUCGACCUCCCGUAGAAUGUGGAUUCGAAUCGAAGAAUGCUACGUGGUGGACAGUUCCAGCGACAGCAACUAGGGCCAUGGCAGGGGAUUGUAAAGCGUGGAGUAACACACAGAGCCAGUUAUGUUACGCGUGCGAGUCGUGUAAGAUUGGAGUUUUAAAAGGGAUAAGAAAAAGAUGGAGGAUUCUUCUCGUGUUCAAUCUUCUUCUCAUACUUCUUGUCGUGUUUCUUUACUCAUGUGGCUGCUGUGUCAGAAAGAACAAUCGUGUUCCUUGGAAGCGCCGGUUCCUCUAAUUAAAAGCUCCUUCCGUUUAAUUAUCCUUCAGAUUUAUUCAAUAUAUUAUUUUUGUAUUAUACUUUUCAAAACUUUAGUUCAUGUCUGAUGUUUCCUCUAGUGAAUAUCGUCGUUGUGUUUAUGAAUAUUGGUUUGAAGAAUAUGGGGUUUCGGUUGUAUUAAUGUGUGUUCAAUGAUGGG